AUGUCAGAUUAUGAUUCAUUCUCCAGACCUUACGUCGGGAAGGCGGUGGACGGUUUUUACGAGUACCUGAAAGAAAACAACAUCAAGUACAAGGGACGUGGCAUCCAGAGCCUUUACUAUGCCAAGUUCUGUUCGAUCGUCCAAAGUUCUGGCACAGGGAAAUCGAGAGUAUUGACCGAGCUCCGGAACAAGGGCGUUCUUGUACUGUACAUGAACAUUCGUGAACGAAGCGAUGCCGGCUUCCCGAAACGAGACGCGGUACCUGCGCGUAUAUUGACAGAAGACAUGAACUGCUCGGAAGCCGAAUAUGCCGCUCGUUGUUGCGUACUCUUUGCAGCCAUAUUCCAGGCGCUCCGGCAGGAACUUUUGCUGCGCUCUAGUAGUGGAAUCACAUCGUGGAAUGAUGACAUGUGCGACAUGGGCUCGGAAGUUCGUACCAAGUUCUUUCACCAAGUUCAAUCUAUAUAUGCGCAGACCCCUGACAAGAUCAAACAGAUAAACUCCGAAAAGUACGCCGAUGCGGAGCAGACAUCCAAAAAACGCAAGAUAUCAAAUCAAAAAGUCGAGCCUCUGAAAACCAAAAAUGACGUCCCAGCGCCGAAAUUUAAUUGGGAAUCGUUUGUCAAGGAAGCUUAUGAAAAGAUGUUGACAGCUAUGUCGGGCAUGUUUACUGAGACGGACGAGGAUCCCAGCGAUUACCCAAAACUCGUGAUUUCAUUCGACGAGGCCCACUCUUUGAGCAAAAUGAGUAGCAAGGGUUUUCGUCCAUCACACAUUCUUGGGAGGGCGAUCAACUGCUACUCCAAGGAUACAGACAGAUCAAUCUGGGUCGUAUUUGCAUCCACGACUCCACAUGUGGUAGAUCUUCCAGCUCCUCAGGUGAUCCGUAAGCACCCGUUCUUCGUCAUCCGUUUACAAUCUUCACACAAGCUUGCAGAUAAUUCUAUGCAAAUAGCAGUAGGCGGCCACCUUUUAUUUCCGCCUUAUACGCAUCUUGGUUGGGACCAGAAUGCAGACCGUCUGUCUGAUAUAUCGGCGAGUGACGUUGGAAAGUUUGAUCACAUUGUCGGAUUCGGUCGUCCACUGUUUAUCCCUGUGUUUUUAUCCUUGCGCGUUCAGUUUCGUUGA